UGGCGCAACAUAUUAGGCCAGACGGCCAAAUAAGAAGUUGCCCCUAAACAAGGCGCGCACGGCAUUCAAAAGUGGAUUUAUUUUUUGUGUGAAGGAGGGAUGGACUUGAGUUUCACACUACAUUUUCAUUGCGGUUUUGUCAUCCCGUCACGAAAAAAGAAAAAGAAAAGAAAAAAAAACUUGUUCAACUGAACUUUUCACUGCCGUAACGCCAAUCGAUCAACAGCCCCGAACAGCCCAAGAAGAGACCGGAGUAUAACCUAACCUAAACAAACACAUCUUAGCCCCUCAGCACUUGCUGCUUCGUCAGUCGUUGGAAAGACCUCUCAGUGUGUGAUAGCUCAGUUCCGUUCCAGUUGUCGGUAUCGUUGAUUUGACUUCAAUCAUUCCAUGCAUAAUUGUUACUCUGUUUUUACACAAUCUUACAGUAACAGUAUUUUUUCAAGAGAAACACUGAAGAGUGUCCAUGAUUCUAGUCAGACCGUUAGUUGUCGCCUUUUUAGCGGCCGCCCUUCUAUUGGGAUCCGAAUCGGUCAACGGGCGUAUCUAUCAAACGGAUGAUGCCAUUAUUGUCGAAGCCGAAGACCACGACCGGGACAAAAACAGUGGAGAAUUAAAAAUCCCAUUUUGGUUCGAGAGUAACUACUUUAAAACCAACGGUAGCAGCAGCAGCAAUGAUGUUGAACAGACAACCCAGACAACCCAGACAACCAGUUUGACAAACAGCUCUUUGGGGAUGGUCGAUCUAUUUGAUUCCAAUGUUACGACAACUACAACCAGCACCACCCCAACCACCACGACAACAGUUACGACAACAACGACAACAACAACAACAACAAUGCCUUUCGUUGAGGAAGAGCCCGUCUUUCCGGAAUCCAGCUGCGGAGUUGGACCUGCUAAAACGUUAACUAUGGAAGAGCAGCGUAUCGUUGGAGGGACCGAGGCCGUUAAGAAUUCUUGGCCCGGAAUUGUAGCCCUGAAAAAGAACGGGACAUUUAUUUGCGGAGGGUCUUUGAUUGCCCGGAACAAAAUCCUGACAGCGGCUCACUGUGUGGUUGCAAUCCCGCAAAGGGAAGUUAAACUUUUGACCGUCGAGCUGGGAAUUCACUCUCUACUUCCAUCGAAGAAAGCCGGCGUAAUAACGAAAAAGGUUCGUCGAAUGACACGCCACAGGAGAUUUAAUCCGAGAACGUUUUUCAACGACAUAGCCAUUCUGACGUUGGAAUCGAACGUGGAUUACAAGUCGACCAUUUCACCCGUUUGCUUGCCUUCGGCAAAUUCCAAUGCUGAACAGUAUGCUGACAAAGAUGCUACCAUUAUUGGAUGGGGGACGUUAAUUGAAGGGGGAUUUCAAUCGGCAGUCUUGCAACAAGUGACGGUUCAGUUGAUGACCAACGCCAAAUGUCAAUCGUUUUAUGCUGGAAAAGACAAAAUCUUCGACCACAUGAUGUGUGCCGCUGCUCCCGGCAAAGAUUCAUGUCAGGGUGACAGCGGUGGCCCCUUACUCGUCCAACCUUCGCCCGGAUCUCCUUGGAUCCAAGCCGGCAUCGUCAGUUGGGGAAUCGGAUGCGCCAGACCAGAAUAUCCUGGCGUCUUUAUCAGAGUGGCGUCCUUCUUGAACUGGAUCCGAAGGAACACGCGCUCGUGAAUCUUCCACAACAACGCUUGUUUAUUCACACAAAAAGGAUCCCUUAUUUGCAUAGAAACAUGAUUGUGAUUGAAACGUUUCUUUUUCUGGUUACAUAUUCAUAUUCAUAGCAACGAUAAAAAAAUAUCGGCGCAUGAAAUGGCGGAACCGUUAUUUAUUUAUUUAAUAUUAUUAUGAAAGCAUUAAAUUAAUAAAAAUAUAAAUUGUGAGUAGCAUAUAUUCGAUUUCAGUAA